AUGAUGCAGUUGUGUGUGCACUGGCUGGUUUUGCUGUUUGGCCUGCAGUUUGUUUUGGCUCAGCUGGAAGAUCUUGAUGACAAUGUUGCAGAAGAGAAGAGACAUGGAAGAAACAAAAAUAAACCUGUCACCUCUAAUAUCAUCCCAAAAAACAAUGAUGACGACUGUAAUUUGGAGUUGGCAUUUUUAUUGGACAGUUCAGAGAGUGCGAAAGACAACCAUGCCCAAGAGAAGCGAUUCGUUAAUGAACUUGUUGACCGGAUCCAAAACAUUCGUAUCCAAACCGGGCAGGGCCUGAACUUCAGAACAGCCCUCCUGCAAUACAGCAGUCAUGUGAUCACAGAGCAGUCCUUCAAAGAUUGGAGGGGUGUGCCCACCUUCCAAGACCGCAUCACACCCAUUCCGUACAUCGGGCAUGGAACUUACACCACCUAUGCCAUCACCAACCUCACCCGCAUCUACCUGGAUGAAUCUGGCCCUGGCACCAUGAAGGUGGCCAUCCUGCUGUACGACGGCGAGUCUCAUCCCAAGAAUCCCGAUAUAUUCUCUGCUUUAUCUGAUGCCAAGAACCAAGGGAUUAAAUUCUUUACAGUAGGUUUCACACCUGCUGCUAAAGUGGAACAGCUGCGCCUACUGGCGAGCCCUCCAGCCACUCGCUACGUACACAACCUACAGGACAAAGGAGUUGUGGACAAGAUUGUUAACGAGAUUACUGAGGUGGCCAAUGAAGUGUGUCCGCUUUCCCCAAAAUGCACAUGUGAGAAAGGAGAGAGAGGACCCAGUGGACCCGCUGGUAAAAAGGGUCGACCUGGAGAUGAUGGAAGUCCAGGAUCCAAAGGGCAAAAGGGCGAGAGCGGUUUCAGUGGACUUCCCGGAAGAGAGGGGAUGGAGGGGAAACCGGGAUACAAAGGAGAGAAGGGUGAGAGAGGAGAGUGUGGAACUCCAGGAAUCAAAGGAGACAGAGGUCCUGAGGGUCCGGUUGGCAUCAGAGGAAGUCGAGGACUGCAGGGUUUGCCUGGACCAAAUGGGGACACUGGACCUGAGGGCCCGCCAGGCAAAAAAGGCGAGAGAGGCUUUCCCGGGCCACCAGGAAUCCAGGGAGAGACUGGGAUUGGAUUUCCUGGACCAAAGGGAGAUGUGGGGUUCCAAGGCAGAAUGGGUCCUCCCGGGCCUCCUGGGCUUGGCGAGCCAGGCCUGCCGGGGCCACAGGGGCCGCAAGGUCUGCUGGGAGAGAAGGGCCCUCCAGGAGAGGGUUUACCAGGGCCAAAGGGAGAGAGGGGUCUGGAGGGGCCAAAGGGACCAAGAGGGCCAAUAGGUCCAGGCCUUAAAGGAGACAAGGGUGAUUUUGGUCCUUCUGGGCUUCCAGGACCAAUGGGGCUUCCUGGCGCAGGAGUCCAAGGAGAGAAGGGUGUGGAAGGACCACGUGGACCCCCAGGAAGCAGAGGCCCACCGGGUGAGGGCUACCCUGGACCAAAGGGUGAUCAAGGUUUACCAGGUGAAAUUGGUGCAGUAGGAGAGAGAGGAGCUGGAGAACCUGGACCCAAAGGAGAGCCUGGGGCUUCAGGGUUAUCAGGGUUACCAGGUUUACCUGGAGAGGAUGGAGCACCAGGACAGAAGGGAGAGCCAGGGGCCCCUGGGUUGAGGGGCCCUGAAGGAGCAGCAGGAAUGGGCAUCCAGGGUGAAAAAGGUGAUCAGGGUCAGCGGGGAAUCCGUGGAUUGGCAGGGCCACCAGGAAUAGCUGGGCCCUCAGGGUCAAAGGGUGAGCCUGGCACACCAGGGCGACAGGGUUUACCUGGAUUACAGGGACGUGCAAUAACUGGACCAAAAGGUGAUGUGGGGCCACCAGGUCCGUCCGGGCCAGUAGGGGAGACAGGAUAUGGACUUCCUGGACCAAAGGGUGAUCGUGGCAACCCAGGUCCUCCUGGUAUGAGUGGUCCAAAAGGGGAUGGAUAUCCUGGUCCUGUAGGGCCUCCUGGUCUUCCUGGUCUUCAAGGGGAACCUGGACAAGAGGGAAUAGGAAUACCAGGACCAAAGGGUGAUGUUGGCUUCAGAGGUUUGCCAGGCCCAGCAGGACCUCCAGGAGAAGGACUACAAGGACCACCUGGUACAAUGGGAAGACCAGGACCUCCUGGGCCUACUGGGCCACCUGGACAAGGCUUACAGGGUCCAAAGGGUGAUCAGGGGUUACAGGGCGUGACAGGGCCAAGGGGACAACCUGGAGAAGGAAUCUCAGGGGCAAAGGGUGAUCGUGGAGCUCAGGGCGAGAGAGGGAUAAAAGGGGUCAAAGGUGAUAUGGGAGAUCAUGGAGUUCCUGGACAAACAGGUAGACCGGGAAUGAAAGGAGAGUCAGGACUAACGAGGGACGAGAUAAUCCGAAUGAUCAGGGAGAUUUGUGGCUGUGGAGUCAAAUGUAAAGAAAGCCCAAUGGAGCUUGUGUUUGUGAUUGACAGCUCAGAGAGUGUUGGACCUGAGAACUUUGAGAUCAUAAAGGACUUUAUGGCCGCGCUAGUCGACAGACUCACCGUGGGGCGUAAUGCCACUCGAGUCGGCCUUGUUUUGUACAGCCUUGAGGUUCAGCUCGAGUUUAACCUCGCUCGCUACAUGACCAAACAAGAUGUAAAACAAGCAAUACGCAGGAUUUCCUACAUCGGCGAAGGCACGUACACCGGCUCUGCCAUCCGCAAAGCAACUCAGGAAGUGUUCUACAGCGCGAGGACAGGGGUUAGGAAGGUGGCCAUUGUCAUCACAGAUGGACAAACGGAUAAACGGGAACCAGUGAAACUGGACAUUGCUGUAAGGGAGGCACAUGCUGCCAACAUUGAGAUGUACGCGCUGGGAAUCAUUAACAUCAGUGAUCCAACGCAGGCCGAGUUUCUCCAGGAGCUUAAUCUCAUCGCGUCAGACCCUGACAGUGAACACAUGUACUACAUAGAUGACUUCAACACCUUGCCAGCUUUGGAGUCCAAACUAGUCAGUCAGCUCUGUGAGGAUGAAAAUGGAGCACUUAUUUUCAAUCGCAUCAAUGGUUUCCAAAAUGGAUACGGUAUUAACGGAAACCGUAUCAAUGGUAAAGGCAGGUACAAUUACGGGACUGACAUAUCUGAAGGCAACAGAGAGAAAACUGGAACAAACACUGUCACACAAGAAAGUGAGAGGGGUGAUACCUUGGCUCCAACAUUUGGUCCAAACACUGAUGAGGAGGUGCAGAGGUUACCUGUGACCACAGAGACACACACUCCAGAACAAAGCAGCGGCAGAGGAGAUACUCCAAAAUCCAGUGGGACAUCCACACAGAGCAGACCUUCAUCAGGGACAGCAUCAUCAUCCUCAUCAACUGUGAUCACAUCAUCAUCCUCAGUGCAGUAUAUACCAGCUCCACGGCUGCCUUUACCUAAGGAGGUCGUGCCACUUGACCCCCGUUGUGAGCUGCUCCUGGAUCAGGGCCCUUGUCGAGACUAUAACAUCCGCUGGUACUACGACCGGCAGGCGAACGCCUGCGCACAGUUCUGGUAUGGAGGUUGUGGCGGGAACCAGAACCGUUUUGACACAGAAGAAGAUUGCAAGAGGACAUGUGUGGUCAUGAGAGCAGGGGGCUGAAAUCCAGUAUGGAUCAUUUUUGCCACUUGUCCUCAAGUUACACUUCAACAGACCUGCACUGAAAUACACAAAGUAUUUUAAACUAUUUCAUAAGACAUGACAGGACAGAACAUUUAAUAAUCCCAUAAGGAAAACUGUGGUGCAACAGUAGCUACUGUAAUCAACAAAGCACAGCACAGUGAUAUCCAAAAAAAAUACAUAUUUCAAAUGUACAAGAUAUGGACGUUGGAGAUUAUACUAAAUUGUAUAAAGCGCAAUACAGCAGAACACAAUACUACUAUACAUGUACAACACACAUGCAUGUUGGAGUACAAGGGAAAAGAGCAGCUGAAACAAUUACAAAUACAGAUUGUACACAGUAUAUAAAACAUUUAAAGGUUUAACUAAAUGUAUAAAGAAUUGUGCAAAAGAUUAUACAGAUUCUACAUCUUGCCAUAUACUUUCAUAUUUAUUCAUGAUCAACCUCUACCUAUAUAAAAACCAUGGUGCUUUUUUUUAUGAUAUUGUAAGUUUUACAAUAAAUUGUAUGACAGAAACAGUCCAUUUGAGACCAUUUUAAAGGUAGUAGUUCACCCGAAAAUGAAAAUCCUGCCAUAAUUUUGUUUUUAGUGUUAACUCGUAAGCCAUUGUGAACAAGCUUCUCUCAUCUUGUUCAUGAAUGUGCAACGGAUGCCAAGAUUAUUACUGAAAAAUUAUUUGCAUUUAAUUUUUCUCACCAAAACCCAUCGUCUGACUUCAGAAGACUUGGAAUAUAAUUCAUGAGCUGCAUGGGCUACUUUUAUAAUACAUUUGGGUAUUAUUUUUAAAGAGGUCAAAAGGGAUCAUGUCAUGUGGAAUCAAAUUUUCCUUGAUAUUUUGACAUAUAAGAGGUCUUUCUACUAUAAAAACAUACUGUAAAUUCCAGAACUCACAACUUAAUCCCCAAUUAAAUAAAAGUAUUUAUUGAAACCAAGCUGCAAAAACACCUCGUUCUCUUCUUCAGUGACUAUCCUAUGUCACUAGGGGUACAUUAAUUCAUGACCGCCUCUACAGCGAAAAAACACCAACGCCUACUUAAAAUCAUUGCAUCCGCCCACUGGUGCUUCAGUUCGUAAACAUAGAGAGAGCAGGACGGACAGGCCUCACUAUUCCUGAACACCAAAGGGGAUCCAUCACUGAAUUAUAUUUGUAUUAAA